AUGGCACUGUCACCCUGGCAGCUCUGCUUCCACGCGGAUCUCAAGUGCAGCGUGAGCGCCUGCACCAACAAGAGGAUCAUCGGGAACUCGGUGUCUUCGCAGUACUGCAGACACCAUGUCUGCGCCGUGUGCCUCAAGUCAGGGGCUCACUUCAAGCGGGGCCACGGGGAAGAUCGGAUCUGUCAUCAUCACGGCUGCGCGCACCACGACUGCAAGGAGCCCCGGUCCAAGAAGGGCUCGGCGUACUGUGUCAAGCACGCCUGCCACGUCAAAGACUGCGACAGGCCCCGACACGCGCCGGGGCGGUGCUGCAAGCGGCACACGUGUCGGGGGCGCGGGUGCGUGAACUGCGUCGACUCUCCCUCUUCUUCUUCUUCCUCGGCAGACGACGACGACGACGACGACGACGACGGCGACGAUGACAACCACGGCGACGCGCGCAAGAAGAACAAAUCCCGCUACUGCCACGGGCACCAAGUCUGCCGCGCCCGCGCCUGCACCGCCCUCGUCUUCCUCGACGCCUCGAACCGCGCCGCCCGCUUCUGCUACCGCCACUUCUGCUCCUCCCCCUCCUCCCCCUGCGACCGCCAGCGCGUCCCCGGCGACGCCGCCCUCGCGUGCCGCGACCACUCGUGCGCGCUGUACCCCGCGUGCGUGAAGCCGCGCGCGGGAGGAGGAGGAGGAGGAGACGGUGGCCUGUUCUGCGAGGACCACGAGUGCGAGGACGGCGGGUGCAGGAGGCAGCGGUACGGGGCGGCGGCGGGGGGGGCGGCGACGACGUGGUGCGCGGACCACAUGUGCAUGGCGGCGCUGGCGCGGCGCGAGGAGUGCGGGAACAGGCGGGAGGGGACGGCGACGAAUCCGGUUUACUGCGCGGAGCACGAGCCGUGCAAGGAGAGCGGGUGUGUGGGGUUUCGCGCGGCGAGGGGGAGGAAUGCUAGGUGGGAGGUCUGUGAGGAGCACCUCAAAACCAAAUGCGUAUUCCCCACCUGCACCCUCGACGCAACCGACGGCGCCGCCGCGUGCCAGUACCACGUGUGCCGGGUCCCGGGCUGUCUCAUCACGCUCUCCUCCUCCUCCUCCUCCGCGGCUGCAACUACAUCUACAUCGCUGUACUGCGACGGCCAUCGGUGCAUCGAGCUCGGGUGUCCAAAUCGGCGCGUCGGGACAACAGCAGCAGCAGCAGCCACCGCCACCGCCACCGCGACGGCUAGUAGCGGUGGUGACGUGGUGGAUGGUGCGUACUGUCUCGAACACCCUAUCAAGACACAGGCUGACGAGUCCAAGUUUGGCUGGUCGGCUCAACUGGUUAGUCCGUUGGUAGAUAUCGUCUCCAUGGUUCCCUAG